AUGGCUAGGGGCCCUCCUCAGGAGCCAGAAACGCCUUUAAAAGGGCAGGGUCGUCCCUUCGGCUUCCGCUGUCCAGGAGGGGCGGGCUCCACCGGCGGCCCCCGGCUCCGCAUCCCGGGCCACGACCGCCGGGCGGGGCGGGGGUGGCAGGGCCCCGGGGGCGGCCGCCCCGGGACGGGGUGGCGCGCCCCUCGGCCUCCUCACGCGCGGGCUGGCCGGGCGGCCCGCAUCCUCAGCACCGGCCUCGGGUCGGCCCCAGCCCCUGCCCCCGCCCGCGCCGCUGCCCGGGCUGCUGGCGGUGCCAGAGUGACGUACUCGACGCCGCCGCGGUGCCGCCUGGGAGUUGUAGUCUCCGGCUGCGCGGCCCCGAGCGCGGCCCCUCGUCUCCCGGACCCCACAGCCCGGCUGCCAGCCUCGGGCCACAGUGGGGACCCCGAGGGCCCGAAGCGACCCUCCUGGGGAGAUGAACCUGGCUCGGGCCCGGUGGGCUGGGCGCCUGGCGGUGAGAAGGGGACCAAGCACUCCUCACAGACCCAGCGGGGCCCGCGGCCUGAGGUUGUCAUCCAAGUCUUUCUGCUAAGGAGUGACAACAUCUUGAUUAGCACUAUGCCAGGGCUGCCCCUUCAGCUUGGAUCCAGGAAAGGAGAGGAGACCAUGAGCCCUGCUGCCCCAGGCUGGAUAUGGGGCCAGGAGACCUGGGUUGAAACCAUCCGAGCAAAUCAUCAACCAUCUGGCCUUGGCCAAAACCUUGGUCCUUCUCUGUGGAGGGAUCCCUCAGACAAUGGUGGUCUUCGGGUAGAAAUCUUACCUAGGCGAUACUUCAUGUAAACUUGUCUUUUACUGUCACAGAGUGGCUUGGGGAAGUUGCCUCAGUCUCACCUGUCUCUUGGGUGGUUUUCAGGCCAUACAUAUUAAUCCCACAAAUUUUGGAUUGGAAAAAUUCAAAUUAAAAUC